AUGUCUUCACGGCCAGAUCUCAGGGUUGACGACGAAGUCGGAUUCAUCCGCUUCUACCGCUCGAUCUCCUCCACCUCGGACGAUAGCAACACCAACAAUGACACGAUCCGCAUCUUCGACCGAGGCGACUGGUACUCCGCGCACGGGACAGACGCGGAGUUCAUCGCGCGGACGGUGUACAAGACGACGUCUGUGCUCCGCAACCUAGGCCGCAGCGAGACGGGCGGGCUCCCAUCGGUGACGAUGAGCGUGACGGUCUUCCGCAACUUCCUGCGCGAGGCGCUCUUCCGGCUGAACAAGCGUAUCGAGAUCUGGACGUCUUCCGGUGGCCGCGGGGCCUGGAAACGCACCAAGCAGGCCAGUCCCGGCAACCUGCAGGACGUGGAGGAGGAGCUGGGCAGUGUGGGUGCGCUGAGUCUGGACGCCGCGGCGCCGAUCAUCUUGAGUGUGAAGAUCUCGGCGAAGGCGGGCGAGGCGCGCAGUGUGGGGGUUGAGUUUCUUGAUAAUGAUGUGUAUUCGAACUUUGAGUCGCUCGUGAUUCAGUUGGGGGUCAAGGAGUGUCUUGUGCAGCUGGAUGCCGGGCGGAAGGAUGUUGAUUGUGGGAUUGCGGUGUCGGAGCGCGCCGCUGCGGACUUUGGGGUUAGGGAUAUUGAGCAGGAUUUGACCCGUUUGCUGCGCGAUGAGCGCUCCGCUGGCUCGUUGCUGCCGCAGACUGAGUGGAAGUUGGCUAUGGGUGCUGCUGCUGCCUUGAUUAAGUAUCUUGGGUAUCAGCUGUAUCAGCAUGAUCUGGCCCAGUUUAUGAAGCUCGAUGCCUCGGCGUUGCGCGCCCUGAACCUCAUGCCGGGUCCGCGGGACGGGUCCAAGUCGAUGAGUUUGUUUGGUCUGCUGAAUCAUUGCAAGACCCCCGUCGGGAGCCGCUUGCUGGCCCAGUGGCUGAAGCAGCCGCUGAUGGAUCGCGCGGAGAUCGAGAAGCGCCAGCAGCUGGUUGAGGCGUUUGUGGUGGAUACUGAGCUGAGGCAGACUAUGCAGGAGGAGCAUCUGCGCUCCAUCCCUGAUCUGUAUCGGCUUGCUAAGAGGUUUCAGCGCAAGCAGGCCACCUUGGAGGAUGUUGUGCGCGUGUACCAGGUUGCUAUUCGUCUCCCGGGCAUUGUCGCUUCGUUGGAGAAUGUGAUGGAUGAGCAGUACCAGACGCCGCUUGAGAAGGAGUAUACGGCCAAGCUGCGGAGUUACUCGGAUAGCUUGGUGAAGUUGGAGGAGAUGGUGGAGACGACUGUCGAUCUGGCUGCUUUGGAGAACCAUGAGUUCAUCAUCAAGCCGGAGUUCGACGAGAGCUUGCGUAUCAUUCGCAAGAAGCUGGAUAAGCUGCGACAUGAGAUGGACGUGGAGCAUCGCCGGGUCGGACGCGACUUGGACCAGGAAGUGGAGAAGAAGCUGUUCAUGGAGAAUCAUCGAGUGCAUGGCUGGUGCUUCCGGCUUACUCGUAACGAGGCCGGCUGCAUCCGAAACAAGAGAGAGUAUCAGGAGUGUUCGACGCAGAAGAACGGCGUCUACUUCACCACGUCGACAAUGCAGGCGCUGCGGCGCGAGCAUGACCAGCUUUCGUCCAACUACAACCGCACUCAGACUGGUCUGGUCGGUGAGGUGGUCAACGUCGCUGCAUCGUACUGCCCUGUCCUGGAGCAGCUGGCAGGGAUUCUUGCUCACCUCGAUGUCGUUGUGAGCUUUGCGCAUGCCGCUGUACAUGCUCCGACACCCUAUGUUCGUCCCAAGAUCCACCCACGAGGCACUGGAAAUACGAUCCUCAAGGAAGCCCGUCACCCUUGCAUGGAGAUGCAGGACGACAUCUCGUUUAUCACCAACGAUGUGUCCCUAAUCAGGGAUGAGUCGUCUUUCCUUAUCAUCACCGGUCCCAACAUGGGCGGUAAAUCAACCUAUAUUCGACAGAUCGGUGUCAUUGCGCUUAUGGCACAGACGGGGUGCUUUGUGCCGUGCAGCGAGGCCGAGCUGACCAUUUUCGACUGCAUUCUCGCUCGUGUCGGUGCUAGUGACUCGCAACUGAAGGGCGUCUCGACUUUCAUGGCCGAGAUGCUUGAAACCUCCAACAUCCUUAAGUCCGCAACCUCCGAGUCCCUGAUUAUCAUCGACGAGCUGGGUCGUGGAACGAGCACCUAUGAUGGAUUCGGUCUGGCGUGGGCGAUCUCCGAGCAUAUUGUCACCGAGAUUCGUUGCUUCGGGCUCUUUGCAACCCACUUCCACGAGCUGACAGCCCUGGCGGACCGGUAUCCCAAAUCCGCCAAGAACUUGCACGUUGUGGCCUUCAUCGGCGAUGGGACCGACGAAGCGAAGGACGAGAAAGACGCCAAGCGCAACCAGGUCACGCUGCUGUACCGGGUCGAGCCCGGCAUCUGCGACCAGUCCUUCGGUAUUCACGUCGCCGAGCUGGUGCGCUUCCCCGACAAGGUCGUCAACAUGGCGCGGCAGAAGGCAGACGAGUUGGAGGACUUCACCUCUGCCGGAGCCCAAGGCGACGAGUCGGCCAUGUUGAUCGACAAGUAUUCCCAGGAGGAAGUCGAAGAGGGCAGCGCUCUUCUCAAGGAAAUGCUGCUCAAAUGGAAGGCGGCGGUUGAGGCGCCUGGGCAGAAUCUCACGGUGGAGGAGAAGCGGCAGAUCAUGCGCGACUUGGUAAAGAGUGAGCCCAAGCUGCAGGCGAAUAAGGUGUUCCAGGGCAUCAAAGCUCUGUCACGAAAUGACAACAUGCUCAUGAGCGAUGGGCUGUUACGGGUAUUCUGGCCAUACGAUCUGCCGCGGUCGGCAUCGCCGGGGGUGAUUGUUGGGUGGCGGAACUCGGAGCUGGAUUUGUUUGUGUUAACUGUGCUGGAGGAUGUUGAGCCACGGAAUGUCGACAAUGCGCUUCGCGCGGGAAUCCUCUUUCGCAAUAGCCCGCAUCCGAUUGUGCGGAUAUUCACCUUGUGUGGACGAUCUGCCAUGCAUGUUUUGGGGUCGACGAAUUCCCCGGACCCGCCCAGUGCGUUUAACCCAUCGCAUCUUUAUGUGACUACGACCCCGCCCUGCAAGGUGCCUCGGAUUUGGUGUCCGCCGGAGACGAAUCUCUCCGUUCAGGUCAUCAUGUUUCACCGGCCGCAUCCGACUAGGAUGGAAUAUAUGUCGCUGGAUCCGAUAUCACUGGCUUUGGGCGAUAAGGUGUUUACGGCUGAUAAGUCGGAUGCGGUGUCGAGUAAGAUCGAUACCGAGGAGGAGCACGAUAAGGCCAAGGGGGGGAAGUUGGUGGAAAAGCUCAAGCUUCAUACGGUCGUGAAACAUGUACUUUCAUCGAAGGAACAAGCUUUACCUCUCAUUAUCAAUCAGGUCAAUUGUGCCUAUGAGAUGGGGAAGCUCAUGGAGAAGAACAGCCACUUGAUCGGGAUUCGGGUCAAGAGAAGCAUGAGCGUUGGAGAGCGGGUCGUGGAGUCUGCGACAACCCUUUGGGACAUGUUCGUUCUCGGCGUGUCCUACGUCUUUUGGCAGUGGAUAUGGCCUGUGAUCACCCGGAUCUUUGUCAUCGGUCUUGUGUUCCACCGUACGAUAGCAGAAAUUGUCCUGCAGAUUUUGGAGUGGCGCGCUCGUCCCGACGCUGCUGCGCUGAAGGAUAUCUCUGCUACGGCCCAGCAGGUGGACAUACGCCUCCAACAGUUCUGCUAUUGGCCCAUCCAAUAUGUGAAGCUGCGACAAAGAAAGGAUAAUUGGGAGAGCGUGACGACGAGCCAUCCGGACUAUAUUCGAUUCUAUAAUAGUCUGUGGCUUGUGGCUAAUGAUGUGAUCAUCGGGAUUGCGCUAGGGUCGUACAUCAUCGACAAUGCCAAUUGGGUUGCUUUUCAGAUCAACUCCAUACUGACGGGCUGGACGGUGGAGGGCUUGCAACGAACCAUAUCCUGGCUCAUGGACUGGCCGGCGGGUCUGAAACUGAACAAUGAGCUCGCUGCAUUUCUUGGAGAUCUCUUCUUAUGGGUGAUAGAGAACUGGGCAGGUAACAUGCCCAUUGCCCUUUUCUCCGAUCUGGUAUCCAUCCUGACCGUUCACAUCUACUCGUUCUACAUUGCGUCGGCGCGGAUCUUCAAUUGGCAGCUGACAAUCAUCAUCUCGCUGUUCCAUCUUUUUCGCGGCAAGAAGCGAAACGUACUUCGCAAUCGUAUUGAUUCGUGCGAUUAUGAUCUCGAUCAGCUUCUGCUGGGGACCAUACUAUUUACCGUUCUCUUCUUUCUUCUACCCACUGUCAUCGUCUUCUAUCUUGCCUUUGCAAGUGCGCGGAUGUUGAUCAUAUCGUUGAAGGCAGCGCUCGACACUUGUUUAGCCUUCUUGAACCACUUCCCGCUCUUUGCGCUGAUGCUGAGAGUCAAAGACUCGCGGCGACUACCCGGCGGCAUCCGCUUUGAACUUCGAGAAGAGCACGACAAGUCUACAGCCAACAAGUCCGCCGCUAGCGUGCCCUACAUCCAUCUCGAGUCUAUCCCGCUCGCGCUCCGUGCUAUGUUCGAUCAAUACUUCCAACUGGGCCACCGGCUCCGGAAACACUAUCUCGCUCCGCGGGUCAUCUUCUGUCUCGUCACAGGCCGUUUCGUGCCUCCCAUUCACCGCCGCAAUUUGUACGGCAUGCAGUACAGCAUGCUCCCUGCACGCCGGGCAACCAUGAUGGAGGUGUGGUCAAUGUUGACCCAACCCCGCAAGACAGGUAGCGGGGGCAGCAGUUCCUCAUCCAUGGGUGGCGGGAUAGGCACCGCGGCAAAUGGGAUUCUCAAGGUCCCGGGGACAUUUGGGCAGGCGGACAUGCGGAGACGAGGCCAUCGGUGA